AUGACCGAAGAAUAUGUCAAAUCAUCCUCUUCUCAUAUUGAGUGGGAAGAGCCUCGAUUCCUCCAAGCAGAUCAGGAGUUGAGUCUGACAGGUGCUUUUAAAAGGCACUGGAGGGCGUUGUUGAUAUGCAGUAUCUCCUUCAGCGCCGGUACGAUGUUCGGCUACGAUACAAUUGUGAACGGCGCCUCGAUCUCCAUGCCAGCAUUUAUGAUGUAUUUUGGAGAGAAAGAAGCAUCCGGAUUAUAUCUUCCGUCAUUAUGGACUGCACUGUGGACUUCCAUGUCCGCCCUCGCCCAGGCACUCUCGGCUACCGGCACAGGUUUCCUUGCUGAUCGCAUCGGCCGUAAAUGGUCCGGCGUCAUUGCAGGUGUCAUUGCCUUGGUCGGUGCAUCAGUUCAAUAUACAGCCCAUACGCGAAGUGCGCUACUUGGUGGCAAGAUUGUCGGGGGACUGGGUAUUGGAAUGGCUAUGUCUGCUGGUAUGACAUAUGCCUCGGAGGUCGUCCCUCCUAUACUUGUCCCUGCUGUCCAGCAAGCAUUGGUAGUAUUCAUUUUAAUUAUGCAAGCCUUGGCAAUGGGUAUUAUUCGAAUCUUUGUUACCGAUAUGGCUGAACAGGCCUUCCGUACGGUGUUCGCUAUUCAAUGGGGCGUGGGUGGGCUUGUCGCGAUUGCAUUUGCCAUUGCACCAGAGUCUCCUGUAUACUGUAUUAUCAACAAACGUGAAGAAUGUGCAAAGAAGUUGUUCAGAUGGCUCUACCGCGACGAUGUGGAUCGCGAGGAGCGCUACAACCACCUGGUAAAGACCAUCCAGGAAGAAAACUCGCAACGCGAGGCAAACCAGUCAAGCUAUAUCGAAUGCUUCCAGGGGGUAAACUUCAAGAGGACCAUGACUAUGAUGUUCCUUUUCGGUCUUGUCAAUCUAGGUGGUGGGCCGUUUCUCUCGCAGUCAAUCUACUUCCUUAUCUCCGUCGGCCUGCCCACAGUUCACGUUUUCGAUAUUUCGAUCGGUGGAUUCGGGCUGGCUAUUGUUCUCAUCAUUGCCAGUGGAAUUGCCUUGAAGAAUGUGCGGCGCAGGAGCAUCUUGUUCUGGGGAUGCGUUAUCAACUUCCUCUUCAAUCUGAUUGUUGGAGCUCUUUAUUGGUCUCACGGCACUGGUCCUAAGUGGGCUAUUGCAAUCUUCAUGAACGUUCUCAUCUCUUUGCAGGCCAGUCUCAUGCAAGCCCCUGGUUGGUCAAUUGCAGCCGAAAUCUCUAGUUACCGACUGCGUGCUAAGUCAAUGUCACUUGGAAUGAUGUCUCAAACCUUUACGACUUGGCUCGUCACCUUUGUGGUGCCGUAUAUGUACAACGUUGACUCCGGUAACCUGGGUGCGCGAACUGGCUUGGUCUUCGCUGGUGCUUCGGUAUUGCUUAUCUGGGGUGCAUGGGCUAUUGUUCCUGAUACUACUGGGCUCUCAACGGAGGAUAUAGACAACCUUUACGAGGCAAAGGUGCCAGCUAGGAAGUUUGCUAGUCAUAAGAUGCCAGCCACGCCAUCCGGUGGGGAUGUUUAG